AUGAACCGAAGACAGAUUAGUGAAAUUCAAAAUUAUUUAAAUGAGAGUGAUAGUGGUUCUAGUUUGUUUUCUUGUGGGGACGAUUCGGAUAACGAUCCGAGUUAUGAACAACCAAGGCCACAUUCUCAAUCUUUGCCACCUGUACGUUGUUCGUUUGAUUCUGGUGACGACUGUGGACCUGAACUUACUGGAUCAAAUAAUUAUCAAAAUUCAGAUGACAACUUGUCGGUGGAUGACACAUUAAUUCAAAAUUUUCAGACAGCUUUUAUUCCUACCGAACAUUUAUCAAUAGAUGAAUCAUUAUUGUUACACCGUGGUCGAAUUAUAUUUAGACAAUAUAUAAAAAACAAGAAGGCUAGGUAUGGCAUUAAAUUUUACGAACUCACUUCAUAUGAUGGGUAUGUGCUCAAUAUAGAAAUGUACCAAGGAAAGCAAGAACAAUCAGCUGUACCAUCUAGGACAUCAAAAAUAGAUAGUAUUGUUUUAAGGCUAAUGAAUAAUUACCUAAAUAAAGGGUUCUCUCUAUACAUGGACAACUAUUAUAACAGUGUGACACUUUCAAAUACUUUACUUGAACUAAAAACGCACACAACUGGGACUUUAAGAAAAAAUCGUAAAGGAAACCCAAAAGUUGUAGUUGAUAAUAAACUAAAAAAAGGACAACAUGUAUGGAGACGUAAAAAUAAUGUUUACGUAAGUAAAUGGAAGGAUAAGCGUGAUGUUUUGUGUAUAACAACUAGAGUACAUCCAAAAUUAAUACAGUCAGAAAAUCGGUACGGCCAACAAAAGAACAAACCGUCGGAGAUCGUCGAGUACAACAACUAUAUGAAUGGUGUUGAUCGGUCAGACCAGAUGGUCAGUUAUUAUAACAGUCCAAGAAAGACAUGUAAAUGGUAUAAAAAGGUAAUUUUUCAUUUACUCGAUGUUACAGUUUGGAACUCGUUUUUUAUCUAUAAAAAACAUUUUGAUACUCCAAAUAUGAAAUUUAAAGCUUUUCGUGAUUUACUCAUUAAAAAUUUGUUCAAUAUUCCGAACAAUGUGACUGCAAAUGAACUGUUUGUACUAAAAAAAAAGCCAUCAAUACCUCCAGCAACCAAUCACUAUCAAGAAAGAAUACCAAUACCAGAAAAUUAUAAGAGAACUAUUUAUUACAAAAAUUGCUUACAGUGCUACAAGACCAAUAAAAUCAGAAAACAAACGUCUUUCCAGUGCAAGCAAUGUGCAAAACCACUAUGUGCUGGUUUUUGUUUUGAAGCAUAUCACAAAAAUUUGUAA